AUGUGGCUAAAGAUACUUUACAAAUCAAGAUUAAAGAAUCAAACGUUUCCGUUGGAGAUCGUCCACCUCUGCAGAGUGCAGCUGCAGUACACUGACCUCGUGCGUACGAGUGAGACGGAGAAUGGGCGCGCGGCGCCGGACCUGACGGCGUCGCCGGGUCGCGCGCCGGGCGGCCCGCCGCAGCCGCCGCGCGCCAACCACGCGCCGCCCUGCGUGCUGCAGCCAGACUUCCGGAAGGUAUCGGGUGUCAGCAAUGAAAUAUUUAGGCAGAUUGAGAUGGUUGAGAAUGACCACGACGCCACCACGGCCGCUGCACUUGAGGCGGUGGAGCGGCGCGGUGAGAUGAUCGUGCGCAUUCUCGAGAUCCGGCAGGUCGGACGAAACAACAUCGAGGCCGCCAAGAAAUUCUUCGCGCUACAGGAUGCUCGACACAUAGUACAGCUGGUGGAAAUUGUGAAGCGGCCCGGACAGACUCUCGGCCUAUACAUCCGAGAGGGGGAUGGGGGGGCACGGACAGAUGGCGUCUUCAUCUCCCGGAUAGCCCUGGAGUCGGCGGUCUACAACAGCGGCUGUCUGAAGGUCGGAGACGAGAUCCUGGCGGUGAACCUGGUGGAUGUGAGGCGGAUGUCGCUGGAUGACGUGGUGAUCAUCAUGUCGAUACCAAGACGGUUGUUGCUGUGCACGAGGCAGAGGAAAGGUAAAUCCGGUCCCGGUUCACCGUCGUUGCCUCGUUCGGAGCACAAGCCGCCGCCAGUCGUGGUGCUCAAACGGGACUGCAGGGAGGACGACGACAGGGACAGAGAUAGAGUCGACGGGUUGUAUUCACAACACGGCACUCUCCGCGGCAACAGCGUGCGGCCGGGCGGCGACGGGCGGGAGGAGCGCAGCCGGCUGCAGCUGGGCACGCUGUCCCCGGACUCCACGCCCAUGGACCUCUACUACAACUCCCGCCCGCCCUCCGACCACUCCACCUGGAGCUACCGGCCGCCCCCGCCUGUGAUCACGGAGCAGCCGAAGUCGGCGGCGGCACACUUCGUCCCCUACGAGCGCUCUUACCCCAACACUCUGGAGAGUCUCGCGGAGAAGGUGCACUCCUUCUACCCGUCUGAGAGUACGAGCAUGCGAUUUGGCGGUCCCAGAGUCCCACGUUCAGGGUCUGAGCAACAGUUGCCGCGAGCCGAGACGCACUCUGACUUCGGUAGGCAUUCGCUCUUGAGAUCCAGCUUGAAGGCUUCCGCUGCUGCUAGUCAUGGAGGAGCGUCAUUAUCAAGAUACAAUCAAAGAUACGGUGGCGUGGGUAUGCCAGGCACAGGGCUACCUAGCAGUAGUCUGACCACUAGCGGUCUAUCUGGUGCCGGUCUGGGCGGUCCGGGGCUACCUUCUGGGUUAUCUACUACGGGUCUAAGCGGUUUAACGGGUUCGAGCUUGGUGGGAUCAGGACUAACCCCGGGAUUGGGCACUGGACUAUCUGGCACGGGUCUGGGCUCAACCCUGGGAUCGGGAUACGGAACCACAGGUCUAGGGUUGCCAUCGUACAGCAGCAAAUUCGGCACGUCAAGACGGAAUCGAAGCUUGGACUACUCAUCGGACACCGAAGCCACUGCGCCCACCAGAACCCCAUACUACUCAGGGCUGAGUGGCUACAGGAGUAGCACUUUGGGACGUGACAUUGGCUCCAAGUUCAACUCACUGCCGAGAGAUGUCAGGAAUACUGGACAAAGAUUAGGACUGUCGAGGCGAGCUGGAAGUGUUCUGCAGGAUGAACCUGAACCGCUGUCAUCGCGGCUAGAUCUACGUUCUUCUAGAGGUCGUCUACCAUCAUCGCCAUCAGUGUUCACAUCGGACGAGUACCGCGCGUGGCUGUCGCGGGCGCCGUCGACUAGCGCCCUCUACGAGACACUACGACCGCGCCUGCCCACGCAUUACUCCGCCGAAAACAUACACGACGCUCUCAAAAAUAUGGAAAGUGGCAGCCGCUUCGGUUCGUCUCUCGGUCUGGCUCGUCGCAUCGAGCGUCCGCGCCAUUUGCCAGCACGGUCGCUGUCGUCGCAGCAGUUGUCGAGCUCGCCGUCCGCCCGCCGCGUGCGACAGCUGCUCGAGCUGGGCUCCAAGUUCAACUGCCCCAGCCCCGUACCCACACCGGGCUCGCGACACCAGAGAAACGUCGAGAUUAACACUAAUGAGUUCCUAAAAUACAAGGUGGACAGCAAACCUGGCUCCGGAGGGCUGUCAUCGUCCAUGACAGGCUUGUCGCGCAUAUCGGGCGGGGUGUCGGGCAUGCUGUGGGUGCACCUGCUAGCGGGGCGGGGGCUGCGGCCGGCGCCGUCGGGCUCGUCACCCGGGUCGCCACCGUCGGGCCCUCUGGCACCUCCGCAGCCGCCUGUCGCCCCGCGGGACUUGUACUGCGUGCUGGAGUGCGACAGAGUGCAUAAAGCUAGGACUGUGGUGCGAACGGGCGAGCUCCAAUUCGACUGGGACGAGUCGUUCGAGCUGGAGCUGGUGGAGAACCGUCAGCUGGACGUGCUGGUGUACUCGUGGGACCCGCAGCACCGACACAAGCUGUGCUACCGCGGCGCCGUCACCCUACCCGACCUGCUGGCUCGCUCCGCGUCACACCAGCUUGCGAUACGGAUGGAGCCUCGCGGCACACUCUACGUGCGCGUCCGACACACGGAGCCGCAUGAGCUGUUCCGACGCCGGCCCGCCAUGUCUCGCAUGGCGCCCGCACCGCUCUUCGGGGCGGAGCUAGACGCAGUGUUGGCGCGCGAAGUGCGUCCCGCGCACGCACCGCCCGUACCGCUGAUAGUGCGACGCUGUGUGGAGGAGAUCGAACGACGGGGAUUGGACAUUAUAGGUCUAUACCGGUUAUGCGGUUCAGCGAACAAGAAGAGAAUAUUGCGAGAGGCGUUUGAGCGAAACGCGCGAGGAGUAGAGUUAACUCCAGACUCUGUUCCGGACAUAAAUGUCAUCACUGGCGUCCUGAAAGACUAUCUGAGGGAGUUGCCGCAGCCGUUGUUCAGCCGCUGUCUAUUCCAGAUGACGCUCGAUGCUUUGGGCGUCUGCCUACCCGACGACAAGGAAGGCAACGCUCGCCUGAUGGCGUCGAUAGUGGAAUGUCUGCCGCGCCCCGCUCGGGCCACACUGGUCUUCCUCCUAGACCACCUAGCGUUGGUGGUAGCAGCACAGGACCGCAAUAAGAUGUCGCCGCAGCAUCUAGCAGUGGCCAUGGCCCCUCCGCUCAUGCUGCACUCGCAGUCGCCAACUGAUUUAGACUAUCAGCGUCCGAUCCAUGUGCUGCAAUGCCUGCUCCAGAUCUGGCCGCCGCCGAAACGUUCAGUUCGGCGCGGCGAGCCAGCACCCGGGCCGCGUGGAAACAGAGCCAGUGCGUCGCCAGUGGUCUCAGCCACCCUCCCCCAAGGCCGAGUUCCGCCCUCAGUCAGUCCAUAUCGGCCUCCAGUGGCAGCAUCAGCAGCAUCUCCGCCGCCAGCUCUCUCGGCUCGGCACGGAGCCGACCGCUCGCCGCCCGCACAUGUUCUCUCAUCAGUCAGGGGCGGCCCAUAUCGUCCGCAGUCGCCGCGCGGCCAGCUGCCCGCGGCGGCAGCGGCGGCGGCGGCGGCGGCGCGCUCGCGGCAGGCGACCUCGCCCGCCUCACCCAGUAGCAGCAGCGGCAGCCACAGCCCCGCCGACACCAUCAAGCACGGUGGCUCCGUCUCCUCCAUCCUGCGCCAGCCCGAGCGCGCCUCGCCCCGCGCCUCCCCGCGCUCCUCGCCGCGCGCCUCGCCCCGCGACUCGCCGCGCACGCCCCGCGACCCGCCGCGCGACUCGCCGCGCGACCUGCCGCGCGACUCCCCGCGCGACGGCGCCCGCGACUCGCCGCGCGGCAUCCCGGGCACGUCCGCCGGGCUGGCGGUGACGCUCAACAACAUCACCAACGGCGGGCUGAGCCCCCGCUACAGCUCCACCAACCCGUUCCUGCAGCAGUACGACGCCGAGGCCGAGGCGGAGGCCUGGCGCGCCGCCGACAUCUUCUCGUCACCGCACGCGUAGGCCGGGGCGGACGUUGAGAUUUUCUAGUCAAUUUUUUUGGGGUCGACGACUCCGCUGUAUAUUAUGUUGUUCGUCGGGCGCGCUGCGCGCUUCGUUUGUUAUAUAUAGA